ACACUGCCAAAAUAUAUUUCAAAAGCUAAAAAAUAUUUUCCCGUGUUUAGAGUGUUUCGAAUUUCAAACCCUUGAACGGUUUUUCCUUUUGCUGCAUUGGGUCCAAGUGCAGAUUCUGUCCAGGCAAUUUAUUGAGAGGUGGAAUGAACCUUCCUUGUUGAAUGUCUCCGGGCUACCAGUUGGAUUUCGUCUGUGAAAAACCAUUUUUUCAUUAGUUGAAGCCACUUGGUGGCAGAUUAAUUGCAGCUCCCGGAUCGAACCCUGUUGAGGCAGCCACCGUCUUAUCUCUUAAACUUGACAUCACCGCCACCAUGGUGCUGUCACAGAGACAACGAGAUGAACUAAAUCGAGCUAUAGCAGAUUAUCUUCGUUCGAAUGGCUAUGAAGAAGCAUAUUCUGUUUUUAAAAAGGAAGCUGAAUUAGAUAUGAAUGAAGAAUUAGAUAAAAAGUAUGCCGGACUUUUGGAAAAGAAGUGGACGUCAGUUAUCAGAUUACAAAAGAAGGUUAUGGAAUUAGAAUCAAAACUAAAUGAAGCCAAGGAAGAGUUUACAUCAGGUGGACCUCUUGGGCAGAAACGAGACCCUAAAGAAUGGAUCCCUCGUCCUCCAGAAAAGUAUGCACUGAGUGGACAUAGGAGUCCUGUCACCAGGGUCAUUUUCCAUCCAGUUUUCAGUGUUAUGGUCUCUGCUUCGGAGGAUGCUACAAUAAAGGUGUGGGAUUAUGAGACCGGAGACUUUGAACGAACCCUUAAGGGGCACACAGACUCUGUACAAGAUAUUUCCUUUGACCACAGUGGCAAGCUAUUGGCCUCCUGUUCUGCUGAUAUGACAAUUAAGCUAUGGGAUUUCCAGGGUUUUGAGUGCAUCAGAACCAUGCAUGGCCACGAUCACAACGUUUCUUCAGUAGCCAUCAUGCCCAAUGGAGAUCAUAUAGUCUCUGCCUCAAGGGAUAAAACUAUAAAAAUGUGGGAAGUGCAAACCGGCUACUGCGUGAAGACUUUCACAGGACACAGAGAAUGGGUUCGCAUGGUGCGGCCAAAUCAGGAUGGCACCCUGAUUGCCAGUUGUUCUAACGACCAGACGGUGCGCGUGUGGGUGGUGGCAACAAAGGAAUGCAAAGCUGAGCUCCGAGAACAUGAGCAUGUGGUAGAGUGCAUUUCCUGGGCUCCGGAGAGCUCAUAUUCUUCCAUCUCUGAAGCUACAGGAUCUGAGACUAAAAAAAGUGGCAAGCCCGGGCCUUUCCUGCUGUCUGGAUCCAGAGACAAGACCAUCAAGAUGUGGGAUGUCAGCACUGGCAUGUGCCUUAUGACACUCGUGGGUCAUGAUAAUUGGGUACGCGGAGUUCUGUUUCAUUCUGGGGGCAAGUUUAUUUUGAGUUGUGCUGAUGACAAGACCCUGCGUGUGUGGGACUACAAGAACAAGCGAUGCAUGAAGACCCUGAAUGCGCAUGAACACUUUGUUACCUCUUUGGAUUUCCACAAGACGGCACCAUAUGUGGUUACUGGAAGCGUCGAUCAAACAGUCAAAGUGUGGGAGUGUCGUUGAUUGUCACAUUUGCCCCCUCCCUACCCCCCCCUUCCUCUGGAUGCACUCAGAUACCAUGGUUACCCCAUUGAGCUCUGUUUAAAUAAAUAUUGUCCUUUCAUGUAAAUUAUUCUGGAUGUAGAUUGAGCUUAUUAAAUGUUACACACAAAGUAUUCAUGCAUGGUGAAUCCAAAUUGUAUACUGUAAAUUUACAUACGUUGUCUAGAAGUACCUUAGGGUUAAAAACCUGGGCUGGCAUUGGUCACACCAGGCCUAAGAAGGCAGAAGUUGGAGGAAUUGGACUAGGGCACUAAACUGAAUAGUUAAUGGUGUCGUUCUAUGUUGGAUUGUUAAUUCCUGUUUUUCUUUCUGCUGUCAGUUGGUGCCUGGAUUGGUGACCUCAUUUGGGAAAAAAAAAUUAUGGUUUGUUUGUAGGGCUCUUUCAGAAAUGUGUAUCUAUGUAACAUCACUUAAGUGUGCUUAAUAAAUCUUCUCUAAGGAUACUAGAUAAGGCUGCAAUUCAGAAUCUCCUGAACCUUCUAUGUAAUUAAUGGGAAUUAAACCGUGGAUUUUUUUUUGUCAUGAUGCAUUUGCCAAAUCAAUAGGAUUCAUUUGUUUUGGCGGCCUAUCAAGCAACGGCGAGUGAUAUAUUUAUGUAAGAAAAUGACUGUAAACCUCAAGAAGAAAAAUCUCAGCAGCUGAUAAGAUAAACCAUUUCUUUUAUUCGGUUCUCGAAUCUUUGUAAAAGGUUAAAGAAACAACACUGUAACACUUUUAAGCUUCUAUUUUCUACCCUAGACAUACUUCGAUUGUAGUAUACAUCCUAUUAGAACGUAUUAGUGAUGUGAUUUCCGAGUAGAACUUAAUCUCCCCAUUGAAUAUGUGUCAUGGUACAGUUCACUAUUUGCUUUCGAUGUUUCUUAGGGAUGUGUAAUGCACAUUACAUAAUGAGAGAAAAGUAUCCGAAAAGUUUUUAUUUUAUUUUAUUUUUUUUGUCGGGGAAAGGAGGAGGGGGAGAAGAGGUGAAUAGGUAGUUCACGUAUUUCUCCCUCUUGUUGCCUGUCUAGAGCCUGUACUAAACCAUGGUUAACGUAGUUUUUAGGUUGAAAGACAACAGUGAGGCCUGAUGGAGGCUGUCAGAAGUUAACUCAAUUCUUUCAUCUGGGAGGGUUCCACAUCCUUUCCUGGAUAUAGGAAAGGGCUCACGAUUCUUAGAAAAACUACUACUAAAAAGACUAAACCCAAGACUAAAGCUUAUCGUGGACUACCAGGCCUCAGAAGACAGGUUUUUUUUUUUAGUUUUUUUUUUUUUAGCCAGGAGCUUGGAAAAGUCUCCGGUUGGGUGGGAACUUUUUAAAUUUUUUUUUUAAAACCAGGUAAAGAAAAUCACCAUCAGAGAGGGUGUGGUCCCUGCUAAUGCGGCCACCUCAGUGAAGUAAAACAUUUUAAUUUACAGAGCCCAGACGUAGUGCAUACAUCUUCAGGUGCGUUGAAGAGACUUUUAAUCAACAAAUUUGGGGAGUGGGGAAGAACUAAUUGCGUUGUAGAUCAUCAAGAACUCCACUGUGUUACGGACCAAGGAGGUCUUUUUUAAGAAAUCCACUGAAAAAAAUCUGUGGUGGAGUCAAGUUACAGUCUGACAUUUUAACAGGGGGAAAUUUCUUUUGACCUGCCUUUUAUUAAUUUGUGUAAUACAUGGCUUUUAGGACUCUCCCUUUUAAGGAAACAUUUGAUGGAAAAAGUGGGGUUGGAAGAUAUCGAAAUGACAAAGGGUGAGUUAUUUUCCUGUAGGUAGAUGCGUGUAUGUACGUGUGUGUACACACGCGCGCACACACACACUUCAUAUAUUCACUUGAAGCAGUUAUGUCCCAAUUUUUUUUUCUAUUUUCUUUUUUCUUUCUUUUUUCCCCCCUUUCCCUUCAAGACAGAAGUCUCUGGAAAGGGAACGUGGAGAGCCGAUGUGUAUUUUUUUUUGAGGACAAAGAUUAAAACUCAAGCUAGUUUCUUAAAUAGAGGGGAGAAUGACUUUCAAGACAGUGUGUCCUCACACUAACCUUAUAAAAGAUAGUCCCUUUUUUUCCUUCUCUAGUGGUUCCGUCCUAAACUUUUGACAGAAAAUACGGAAACGAUCUUUGUUUUAAUUUGCUGCUAAUCUUGUCCUACUCUGAGAAUUCCAAAUACACAGAAAUGGUGCAUUUGAAACAUUUGUGUUUACAUCCGCAAAUGUAAACUUAAUCCUGCAUUUUAAUUCCUCAUAGGAUGUAGCAACAUGAAUUAUUUAAGGGUAAGCCACAACAUGUGUACAUAAUUCAUAAGCGCGAAUGUUCAAGAAAAUGUGGUACGGAUUCUGAGGAAAUAAAGGAGCUGCCCGCCGAUUUGCUUUCCUACAGCCCGUAGUGACUUUUAUGGACAAAGAGGAGGGGAAGAGAAAUAGUUCUGAAAGCAAUGUGGUAUUUGCUUGGGGAAGUGAAGCGCCCUGCAGAUUAUUUAAGCAUUUUGUGACAAUGCAGCGUACAGAUAUCCUCCUUGCAAAAGCAGUGAACAAUGAAUCUCAGGGAAGGUCCCGUUGAGGAUCGAAGUGUAAUUAGCCCUGUUUUAUUGGCAAUGCUAAAAGGGGAAAAAAACCAAAACAGAAAAGCAGACAAAAAAAACACAAGGCCGAGAACCACGACCCAGGAGUCCUUUUCACAUUCAUUUUCUGCAGUGUUGUCCCUUGAUACUAGACCGUGUCGCCCGAUCUGCUUUGCGCGCUGUGUUUUUGGUGUUUUUUCCUGUCGGCUGUCUAAUCCUGUGCCUUGCCUGGGAUCAGUUCAGUGAUGAGGUUACUGGCUUGAAUUGUAAGUAGAGGACCUUAGUUGAAGGCGUUGAGAGGUUCACUGCAGCUUUGUCACUUUGCUUGCCCAAAUUGGCCAUCGACCUCAGAAGUAGAAACCUUAUGGCACCGCAUUCCCAUAUAGGCGACUGUUGACUUUCUUUUGAGUUGCUAUGAUGAGAACAGACAUUCCAGUGCCCCCCACCCCCGAUAUGAUGUGCCCGACAAGGCCUAGACGCAUUCUUGAAAAGUGCAAAAAGAGGAAAUGGAAAUAGUGUUGUGCUUUAGACAUGAUCUGAAAAUGGUUGCUGUUUUCUAGCAUCUUGCACUUUAGGAGACAAAAAUCGUCCUGCUGUUGUGUAUGUGUUAUGGUGUGACCAGUGGUGUGCCCAGGGCACUAAUCUAAAAUGAACUAGUUGCUAGCGAUUUGUCCAAGGGCUGUGGAGCACUGUAGUAUUUUGAAAGCUUUGGCGAUAGACUCACGGAGCCCAGUCAAGUACCCCUGCUUCUCCUGUUUGCCUCUUUUCUGUUUUUCUGUGAACUGCCUGGUAAUAUCACUCUUAAAUAGCUUUUUUCUGAACAAAAGCUAUUUAAAAGGAAGAGAGAUGGGUUUUGUUGACAGUGGUGGCUUGAUAAUCCUUAAGCAUUUUAAAGACAAAAAAAAAAAAUUGAAUUCAGAAUGAAGGAAAAAGGCACUUAAAAUGGUUACAUAUUUUCUGUCCAGCUGUACACAAGUCCAGUGUGUUAAAUUCAAAGAAGGCUCUCCGGGUCGAGAAGCAACAUGUACAAAAGGGUUCGGGCGAGAAAACCUUUUUGGGGGCAGGGGCUGGGAGGGGGUGGGGGUGGGGAGAAGAUGACGAGAUGGAUUUACAAGUCACGACUGGAUUGAACUGGCCUUUUUAUCUUUCACCUGUAUCAUGUAAGUAGCUGCUUUCUUGUCCUGCGAUCGAUCCUUCAGGCACCCCUGAGUUCAUUCUGAAGAUGUUAGAAAAAGAAAAAAAACCCAAAACCAACAACCUUCAAGGUAGAAGUUGAUCCUAACACUGACAUCGGAGACGAGCGUUGAUUUCAUGAGAACGAUGGAGAGGUUGUAAUUGGAGAAAACAGUUCCCCAGACUGUAGGAGUUAACUGAAGAUAUCGACACAAUGAAAACUAAAGGAAUGUAUAUAAUAUUGCUCUGUGUUUUACAGUAAGAUUUGUUGCUCAGACUGUGUAAAACAAAAUUUAUUCAUGUUUUCUGCAUAUUAAAAAAAUCUUAUUGUACCAAUUGGUAAACUAUUAAAUGCAUAUAAAACUA